AUGGAGGUCCUGGAUCCAAGGGAGAUGGUGGAGAUCCAGGGAAAUCAGGUCCACCAGGAGCAUCAGGGGAACCCGGGCCCUCAGGACCACCGGGACGCAGGGGUCACCUGGGUAAAGAAGGAAGCAGGGGAAAGCGGGGAUGAAAGGAGGAAGGGAUCUCCAGGGUUGGAAGGUCUCCUGGGGAAGACAGGACCGGUGGGAGCCCAGGGACAUUCUGGUAAACCAGGUCCUAGUGGUCUCAGAGGGAUCCCUGGCCCAGCGGGGGAACAAGGUUUAAAUGGACCACCAGGCGUAACAGGACCACCAGGACCCAUGGGUCCUCCAGGACUACCGGGGUUGAAGGGAGAUCCAGGCAGGAAAGGAGACAAGGGUCAUGGAGGUCUGAUUGGGCUGAUAGGCCCUCCAGGAGAGUUUGGAGAGAAGGGAGACAGAGGAUUUCCAGGGAACCAGGGUCUACUGGGACCCAAAGGAGACGAGGGUCUGGUUGGUCUAGCAGGUCCUAAUGGUCCUCCAGGUCUACCUGGUCUCUCUGGUAGAGUAGGACAGAAGGGUUCUAAAGGGAAUCAGGGUCCCAUUGGUGCUAUCGGAGAUACAGGUCCUGCUGGCCCUCCUGGACCUCCUGGUCUCCCUGCGGUGGGUCUUCAGUCUCUCCCGGUGCAGGAGAGAGGAAGGAGGAGGAGGCAACACUCUCCCUUUGACGGGGCCGCUCUGGAAGACGAGGAAGAGCAAGAGGGGAUGGAGGGAAGGGAGGAGGGAGAGGAGGAGAGGAUGCAGGCAGACCAGGCAGGGCAGGAGGAGGAGAAAGAGAUGGAGGAGGUGUUUGCUUCUCUCUCUUCUAUGAGGACGGAGGUAGAGGGUCUGAGGACCCCCCUGGGGACCUACCAGUAUCCAGCCCGAACCUGCAAGGAGCUACAGCUGUUGUUCCCAAAGUACACUGAUGGUGAGUACUGGAUAGACCCUAACCAGGGUUGCCAUAGAGACUCCUUCAAGGUGUUCUGUAACUUCACGGCCGAUGGAGAGACAUGUCUGUACCCUGACAUGAAGUUCCAGUCGGUGAAGCUGAGUUCCUGGAAAGGAGAGAAACCUGGUACCUGGUACAGCCAGUUCAGGAAAGGAAAGCAGUUCUCCUAUUCCGGUUCAGAUGGCAGUCCAGUCCAUGUAGUCCAGUUGGUGUUUCUUAAGCUGUUGAGUGCCUCAUCCAGACAGACGUUCACCUACCACUGUCAGAACUCAGCCGCCUGGCUCCAUACCGCCACCUUCAGCCACCAGCACGCGCUGCGCUUCAGAGGGAGCAGUGGAGAGGAGCUCACGCACCAGGACACACACUACAUCACAGCACUGCACGAUGGCUGCCAGUCUGCUUCAG